AUGGCUUCUUGCCAGAGGUUGUUUUUUCCCCCACUACUGCUGCUCCUCGCUCUUUUUCACCACUUGUGUAUCCCACUUUGCUCAUGCGAAGUCCUCAAGGGACCCACCUCCCCUCUACAUGCCAACCCCAACGAUACCAGUGAACAUGCUCAAAAGACGCAACUAAUAAACUCCUUAAAAAAAAAAGCCAAGCAAAUUAGAAAAAUAUAUAACGCUUUAAACGAGAAAAACGUGAACCUGCCUCUUUACCUUUUUGCGAACGACAACGAUGAGAAAAAAAGGCAAUUACUGAAGGAUCUCUUCUUGAGGGGGCAUUUGGACUUCCUACAGGGCCUCAACACGCCUUUGUCGAAAUACUACCUUUCCAUGCGUAGCGCGAGGAGGGCUCAGCGCACGCAAGUCGAAGCCAAAAUAAGAAACGAACGGGUCCUCAUCAACGGUCUAAGCUUGGAAAAUAAAAAAAGACACGUCGAGGAAAAACUCCGGGAGUAUCGAUUUUUAAAAGCCAACCUUCUGCAGCUGUACUCGACCAUAGAGAAGCGCUUUAAAUCCGUGGACUCAUUAAUGGCCCGCUUGGACGUGAACCCGAAAAAUUAA